AGUUUACCUUCUCCUCUUGGAAGUUAACGAUUGGCGAGAUCUUGGCUGCGUUAUUGACACAACACUUUCUAUUGAUAGAAAUAAGUAGUGAUUGUCCCCGAGUCAUUGGUGCGCCAAGAACUCUGCGAUGGGCUGGCAGGAGUCCAUUGGGCUGGGCAGGCAGGUUCGGCUGGUGAUGCUGGGGAGGAGGAGGAGGAGGCUGCUGGUGGUGAUGGUGCCUGUCCUCUCCGCAGGUCUGUGACAAGCAGGGGACAAGGCAGCGACCGCGCAGCCCAGCCCUGGCGGACCGACGCUGGCGACUCAGACAUGGACAGUAGCUGCCACAACGGGACCACCAAAAUGCUAGCGACUGCUCCAGCCCGGGGCACCGUGAUGAGCACAUCCAAACCCUUGGCUUUCUCCAUCGAACGAAUCAUGGCGCGCACCCCAGAACCCAAGGCCCUGCCGGUCCCCCACUUCCUGCAGGGAGCCGUACCCAAGGGGGACCCCAAGCACUCUCUGCAUCUCAACUCGUCGAUCCCCUGCAUGAUUCCCUUCGUUCCCGUGGCUUAUGACACGAGUUCCAAAGCGGGAGUGACCGGCUCUGAACCGCGAAAGGCAAGUCUGGAGGCCCCAGCGGCUCCUGCAGUGGCGCCCUCCGCGCCGGCGUUCAGCUGCAGCGACCUGCUCAACUGCGCGCUGAGUCUCAAGGGCGACCUGGCCCGAGACGCGCUGCCUUUGCAGCAGUAUAAGCUGGUAAGGCCGCGUGUGGUCAACCACUCUUCGUUCCACGCCAUGGGCGCUCUGUGCUACCUGAACCGAGGUGACGGCCCGUGCCACCCCGCUGCGGGUGUGAACAUCCACCCGGUGGCCUCCUACUUUCUCAGUUCACCUUUGCACCCGCAGCCCAAAACAUAUUUAGCCGAAAGGAAUAAACUGGUGGUCCCGGCGGUGGAAAAGUACCCUUCUGGAGUGGCUUUCAAAGACCUGUCGCAGGCUCAGCUGCAGCAUUACAUGAAAGAAAGCGCCCAACUUUUGUCGGAAAAAAUCGCAUUCAAAACCUCCGACUUCAGUCGCGGCUCUCCUAAUGCCAAACCCAAAGUUUUCACUUGCGAAGUCUGUGGAAAGGUCUUUAACGCGCACUAUAACUUAACCCGUCAUAUGCCGGUGCACACAGGAGCCAGACCCUUCGUUUGCAAAGUGUGCGGGAAAGGUUUCCGGCAAGCCAGCACCCUUUGCAGACACAAGAUCAUUCACACGCAGGAAAAACCUCAUAAAUGCAACCAGUGCGGCAAAGCAUUUAACAGAAGUUCCACUUUAAACACACAUACCCGAAUACACGCUGGCUACAAACCUUUCGUGUGUGAAUUCUGUGGCAAAGGAUUUCAUCAAAAAGGGAAUUACAAAAACCACAAGUUGACCCACAAUGGGGAGAAGCAGUUCAAGUGCAAUAUCUGCAACAAGGCUUUCCACCAGGUUUACAACCUCACCUUCCACAUGCACACCCACAACGAUAAGAAGCCUUUCACCUGCCCCACGUGUGGCAAGGGCUUCUGCAGGAACUUUGACCUCAAGAAGCACGUCCGCAAGCUGCACGACAGCAGCCUCGGGCUGACUCGCACGUCCCCUGGGGAACCAGGCAGCGACCCGCCGCCCCCACUACAGCAGCCACCGCCUGCAACUCUGCCGCCCCUGCCGCCCACCUUGCCGCCUCCUGGGUCUCUGCAGCCGGGGCUCCACCAAGGUCACCAGUGAUGGAGGCCAAAGUUCCUCCCAGUCUGAGCUGGGAGCCCCCACUACAGAGGCAGGCAGACAAGACCUGGACCUCCUGGUCCAAGCCUCAUCCACAAGACAUAGGGCGCGUUGGGCCCCCAUUCUUUAAGGCAGAUGAGAAGCCUCUGCAUUCCUUCGUCUUUUGCCUCUUGCAUGCACCUGCUAAAUGGUUUUGUGUAUUAUAUUCUAUAUAGGCACUAACAAUUAAGAGAAAUUUGGAGGGGCUUAUUUCAUUCUUUUUAAGUUGAAAAGACUGUUCAUCUCCAGUGGAGAGAUGGUGUUUGUUCUGUUUUUGUUUUUGUUUUUUUUUUAAACUAGUUUCUGCUGUAUUUAUUGAGAUCUGUAUUAUUCUACUGGGAACGCUGCAUCGUUUUAAUUUUAUUGUUGUAUAUAUUUCCAUUGUGUCCAUUCUACUGUCUCAAGAUGCCUGCUGAUUGUUUAUAAUUUUCUCCUCCCCUGAAGCAAUGAAACACUGUGUGUAUGUUAUAUAUAUAUACACACAGAGGAGUGUGUGCCCCUGAAGGCACAUUCAACAUUUGUGAACACACACAUGCACACAUACACAUAUACACAUUAGAUAAGGGUGGUUCAUUAUGAAUGAAUUUGAAUUUUGGUUUUGAUUCUUGCACGUGAAAGUUGAUUCAUUGACUGUUGGAAAUAAAUUCUUGGAACAUGCUUAUUAAUCAA